CACGAAUCAACCGAGACACCCGGGGCUCACAGCAGCCUCUCCACGUUUCCAAGUAAAUGCCAACAGGCCACUACUUGAUUUUCUACUCUGCUGUCAUUGGCGAGAUGCAAUGCCUGUCAUGCUGGGCCACAGGCAUGGACUUUCCCUGCAGUAUCCAGCAUCAGAAGCUCGCUCUCGUCCUGCUUCCCCCAUUGGAGUUCUAUGUUGCCAUUCUCUACCCGCCUGCAAUCAACACUGAACGCCCCUUCUUUUCUCGGCUUUGCUUAGCGACCGCAUUGGCUGUCAGGAACAGGAACGACCACCACGGCCGAGGAGAAGUGUCGGCCAAGAGACAGAACAGGGUUUCUGACUUUUAUGUAUAAUUUUAGAGUUUUUAAUUAACGUAUACAUUGUCUUAUGUAUAAGAAAGACCAUUCAGAAUGACAUUGAAAAGCGCCCGCGUACGUUCUUGUGUUUCGUUCGACACCGUGGAGCUCAAGGGGGAUAUGUGCCUGACUUAUCUUGAUAGCCAUUUUUUGCAGACAAAGAGAACUGUUGAGUAGUGUUUAUAAAAGACAAAAGGGUCUUGGUCUCCUAUCCAUGGAGAAAGUGGGCAAGAUGUGGAGCAACCUGAGGAGCCGAUGCCAGACCCUCUUCCACAGCGACGGUGCGGGACCCAGUACAGAGAACAGCGUGGUGGAGGUGGACGGUAUGCACUGUGUGGUGGACCUGGAACGGGGUGGCAAUUCAGGUGAGGCCCAGGCUUCUCGGGCCUCUAGCCUGUCCCGAAGCCUCUUGCCGCUCCCCAUGGUUACUGGAGGACGACGUCACAACUGUGUGUCGGACAUCCCCCAGAUAGUGGAGAUCACCAUAGACAGCAAAGACCAUGAGGAUGCGAGGGGGGGUCGUGGAGGAGUCCCUGUGGCGCGGAGAGACUCAUACUCACGCCAUGCACCUUGGGGGGGCAAGAAAAAACACUCAUGUUCCACUAAGACUCAGAGCUCCAUGGAUACAGACAGGCGGUCAGGGCGUGCGCGCGGGGCCGCUGGCCGGAGGGAGCGUCGCUACGGGGUCAGCUCUAUCCAGGAAAUGGGGGACUCUGGGAGCGGGGGUUGCAGUCUGAGCGCCCGUUCCCUGCGCCAGCGGCUUAGCGAUACAGUGGGCCUGUGUCUCCCCCUGCCCCGCCGUCGCUCGCGCUCUUCCAAGACCCCCACCAUCUCGAAGCGCAAGAUCCACCUAACAGAGCUGAUGCUGGAGACCUGUCCCUUCCCCCAGGGCUCGGACUUGGCCAACAAGUGGCACCUGAUCAAGCAGCACACAGCGCCCGUCAGCCCGCAUUCCUCCACGGCUCUGCUUGACGCCUUCGACACCGCCCACCCCUCCCCUGAGGACGAGGAGGAGCGUCUGCGCGAACGCCGCAGGCUCAGCAUUGAAGAGGGAGUGGACCCCCCACCCAACGCCCAGAUCCACACCCUGGAGGCCUUGGCACAGGGCUCCUCUCUGUACAAACUGGGACCAAAGAUGGCCCCCGGCAUUGCAGAGGCCUCUGGGGAGGCCCGGGGCGCCGUGGCCUGCUGCUCAGGAGGGGGGGUAUCGGUGCAGGUGCUCGGGGGGGCUACAGCCCAGUUGGCUGACUGUGACUCGGAGGAGGACUCAACUACCCUAUGCCUGCAGGCCCUGAGGCCCAAGCAGCGGCACGCGUCUGGGGAUGGCAAUCUGAGCCGGAACCAGCCUGGGCCAUGGAAGGUGCACACACAGAUCGACUACAUCCAUUGCCUGGUACCGGACCUGCUGCAGAUCACUGCACUGCCCUGCUACUGGGGCGUGAUGGACCGCUAUGAGGCGGAGGCGCUGCUGGAUGGACGGCCCGAGGGAACCUUCCUGCUGCGCGACUCGGCCCAGGAGGACUACCUGUUUUCUGUCAGCUUUCGCCGCUACAACCGCUCGCUGCAUGCCCGCAUCGAGCAGUGGAACCACAACUUCAGCUUCGACGCCCACGACCCCUGCGUGUUCCACUCAUCCACCGUCACAGGCCUACUGGAGCACUACAAGGACCCCAGCGCCUGCAUGUUCUUUGAGCCGCUGCUCACGGCGCCACUCCACCGGGCCUUCCCUUUCGGCUUGCAGCACCUGGCACGCGCCGCCAUCUGCCCCCGGACCACGUACGACGGCAUCGGCGGCCUUCCACUGCCCCCGGCCCUGCAGGACUUCCUCAAGGAGUAUCACUACAAACAGAAAGUGCGUGUGCGCUGGCUGGAGAGGGAGCCGCCACUCAAGAUCAAAUAGUGGCGGGGCUCUGGCGGCCUGUGCGUGCAGCCGCGGGCUUAGUCAAAACAGGAAAAACUCCCAGCCAAUCAGGAGAGGUAAUACUGAACAUGGCACUUUUCAGUCAGGCGGGGAGGGGUAACUGGAGGGGAGGAGUUGGGUAAAGUGAUCUAUCCAAGAUUCAUUCUAAUCUCUUUGUUUUACUUAUUACUACUUACAUCACAUGGAAUACAAAUCUAUUAUAUUCAGUAUAAUGCUGUCUGGCAAGCACAUUUUUACUAUUGAACAGAUUCUGAAAGGGAGAGCACAAGCCUUCAUGCUUGGUCUCCCUCUCUCCUCUUUCAUUCUGUCAAGUGUCUGCCUGAUCCCACAGCAUGAGCUGCCUGCAUGGCCCCCCUCCCCCCUCUCCCCAGUCUCUAUCUAGGCCCACAUGGUUAGCUAGCUAUGUUGUACAGUUCACUCAUACUUUCUAUCCUUCCUUUUUUUUCCUGUUGCUUGAUCAAGCGACUAGAAGAAUGCCUGGCGGGCAUCGUGAGGCUUGAGGUGUGGAGUUGACAGUGGCUUUACUGGAGAGAGAGGGGGGUGGGGGUUGGCUGCAACUAAAACUCCUACUGCAGUUCGUUAGGGCCCGCUUGGUGGACAGUGUCAUACAGACACACACCCAGCCAUCAUCAAGCAUCAUUGAGUAGGCCUAUGUCUGAAAUAAGGUGCUGUUUAAGGGUGCUGUCCAGUAGGUCUUCGCCCCAAGGGCAAUGUGGAACGCGGCCAGGUCCAAAGGUGCUGCUACAGCGUCCUGCUUCCGUACACCUGUAGGGAACGAGGCAUACACAGCAGUGUGUGUGGUCACUGCGAGUCCUUGGCUUUUAGAUAUCCUCACUGUCAUUUCUCGAAGCAUAAUCGUUGUCUCCCACCACCAAUGUGUUGGCACAGGUGUACGGUUCUUCUAAUGGAACAAUACUAAUGAUAUUUGUCCUGGUGGUUGUUUUCUCACACCUGUCUGCCAGUGGCUCAAACUGGCUACAGAACAGGCACUUUAACUGUGCGUGCAGUUUUUGAAGACACACACACUGGUUAUUGUCUCAGUGUCUGGUUUGUUUCUGGACCUGUGUUCUGCCUUCAUGGUGUCACUUAUUUCUCUCUGUGGCAUCUGCACCCUCCGCAUACCAUUGACAUUUUACAGUUAACUUGACUCCGCUUUACACAUUACAGCCACAGUCCCGCUUUAUAGUAUUAGUACCCGAAGGAGCUGCAUUUGAUAUGCGCAUUGUCACUGCUGCUAGCGAUGCCCGUAAUAACCCAGCAUAUUGUGAGCUUGCAUCAGGAAGACGAAUACAACAAAGCGUAACCUAUGUGCCUUUCAUAGAACCUCCUGAUCUACUUUAAACUCUUGAGCCUGGUGCAUAGAAUACUCCAGCAGCACUUCCCACUCAUGUAGCCCUAAAUGGAGGAUGAGGAGGAGGAAAAGGAAUGAUGAGGAGCAGGGGAUGAAGAGCUCUCUGUUCAUUGGUGCACAUUCAAUAUUUUUAUAUAUAUAUAUAUAUUUACAUUUUUCACAUUUCUAUUUCAUCAAGAAAAUAUUGUCAGUGUUUGCUAGCUAGCUAGAAGUGAAUACACUACUCCCUUGUCUAGCUGUGGAGGCUGGUGGGAGGAGCUAUAGGAGGACGGGUUCAUUGUAAUGGCUGGAAUGGAAUUAAUGGAGUCAGACAUGGUUCCCGUAUCUUUGAGGUGUUUGAUACCGUUCCAUUUAUUCCAUUUCAGCAAUAACAAUGAGCCCGUCCUCCUAUAGCUCCUCCCAACAGCCGCCACUGCUGUCUAGAAUCAUUUAUUGGCUUCACUUCCAAAAGUCAUUGGGUUUUAUAGGUGGCUGGAUGGGUUGGGCAAGGCAGCGUCAGGUCCUGGAGGGCUUCUACACUGGACAUGUUUUAGAACGGCCCCCCUUAUUGCGUCACAUAGGCACGAGUCUGUAAAAUCUAUGGAACGCUCUGAAAAAGAUAAGAAACGAGGAGUACCUGUAUAUGGAAAUACUAUCUGCAAAUGUAUACAAAUAUAAUUCUUACAAAUUAUCGGUGUGAUAUCAGUGAUUUUUAUCCUGGUUGGAUAGGUAACUGGAAUCCCGUCUCUCUGAAUGGCAGGGAAGAUGUUUAUUUUAACUACCCAACACGCGUUGUGUGUUAUCAGAGGGGGAGGAUCAUGAAUGAAAAUGCAAUGAAUGCAUAUGAUUAGCUUAUUCAUGACCAUCUCUGAGUGUCUGUGACCAAAGCUCUGUUAUUCAACGGUGUUGCACACAACCUGUAUUGUUUUUAGUAGUAUUGCUCGCCACUAUGUCUCUAGGGCUCUUUAAAAUUACCAUACUGAAUUUUAUUUCAACUGAACAAACAUUUUAAGCCUACAGGGCAGGCGAUGUUACCAGGUAGAAACAGAGACAAGCCCCCAUCACCUUACACCUCAGUCUUGCAACUGCUCUGGCCUCUUCCAAGCCCUUUUGUGCUACUAUCAGUGUGCUAAUGAAAGGUAAUGUGAUGUGUGGGUAUGUGUUAUGGUUUGGAGGCAGAAGGACAGGAAAGUGUGUCACUGUCAAGGGUCAAUGGUAUAAUUGAGGCGUGUGGGUGAUAGUUAAAUCAACUAAAUGCUCUUUUUCAUAUCCAACCCUCCCUCCCUCUAACUUUGUUUUCAGAAAGCUUGGAGAUUGCAUGUGAAAAUCACCCAUUUGUAUGAUCUAUGAAGGGCUGUGGAGGACUGUUUGAAUAAGAAAAAAAUAGGUUGACAUAUAAGUCACUUGCAUGUGCACUUGUAUGUUCUAUCACCCUGACAUCUUGUAUGGGAUAGCUGUUAAAAAUUCACUCUCCAGGCUCUUACCCAUGCGCGCACACACACCUACUCUUUGCCACCUUUCUAUCAUGCUACGGCUAUGGCCAACUGGCACUAAUCACUGGCUAAAUGUACCUCGCCAGGAUCUACAUUUACCGUGCGCUAAAAGGGCCACUGUAUUUCCUAAUGGGUGCCCCUCUCUUUUUCUGACCACAUCCUCAACAUGACCCUGCUGAUGCUGCUGGGAUAUGUGGAGGGGACUUAGGGGCUAUUGUUUGUGCUGGUGGCUGCUUCCCCCUCCACGUUCUGCGGCCGCCCCAGCCCUGUUUGGGAGCUAGACUAAAGUUAGCAUUAAAAGAGAGUAGCGCCUUAGUCUCACAAUGUACCAUUGAAGGCCCGGUUUCCUGCUGUGGGAAUGGGGUGCGGCGGGGGGGGUCUAGGGAUUUGUUGAAGUAAUGGCACUUUAAUUGUCUGUGCGCGUGUUUGUGUUUAUUUGUUCAAGGUGGAGAUAUGGGUGUGAGUAUGGAGUAUUUCGUUUGUGUUCAUACAUCACAAGCAAUGUUGGAGGACAGAUUUAUGUUCUGUUGAGUUGCAGACACGUGUGUGUGUGUGUAUGUGUGUGUGUGUGUGUGUGUGUGUGUGUGGACCACAUAGAGAGGGUCUGGUGGAGGGGAUGUGGAGUCUGCUGUGAGGGGUACCCCCCCUAUGAACAAUGCCUCUUGUCCACCUAUUCUCAGGCAGGCCCAAUGUUAGGCUAGUUCCAGGAUCUCUUUUCAACCUUCUUAUUAUAAAUCUGAGGCAGGCAGGUCAUAUCACCAGCCAACCCUGUUUGACCACAUCAAGACCCCUGGCCUGGAUCAAGGUUUCAGCUCUUAGAGGAAAAAUACAAGUUUUAUUCUCAUCUUUCCCCUAUUUUUUUUUUGGAAAGCUGGGUAAAAAUGCUAUAUGCAAACGAGGGGAAAAAAUGAAAAGAUGUAUGACUAAAGAAUUAUUAUUUUUCAUUAUUCUUCUCCCUUAUAUGCAAUGGAGUGUACUGUAACAAUGGUCGCAAUCCUCUGUCACUUUAAUGCUGUAUGUGCACAUCGGUUGCUGUGUGGAUGUGGGUGCCGUGGCAACAGGACUUGACAAUGAAUGGUUGUCAUUCUACAGCACCAUUGUUUUCCCAGACUGCCUUAUUCAUUCUGACCAAUCACAAGAGCCCUUUCAAAUCUGGGGCCGCAGGCACUGCCACAGACUUAAAAAAAAAAAAAUAAACUCUGGUCAGACGAAUAUCGCCGUUCCAUUAUUAUUAAAACAUUUUUUUACUGUUGUCAGGAAGGACUUGGAGAGUGUAAAUGUUCACAUUUCAGUGUCUUUGUUAUUCUGUGUAUCUGCUUCACCAUUCAGACAGUUGUUUUUUUCCGUUAUAACCUGUUCAUUUUAAAGAGCCGUAUGAUGCGACACUUGUAGCUGUCACUCUUGGUGCUUGGCUUAUGCUUCAUUGUCUUAAUAUUCCAAAUAAAACUGUUAAGCGUAA